AAAUACAGAUUAUUUACUGGCCAAACAGUUAAUCUUCAGAAAUCUGCGGUUUUCUUCAGCAGAAACACAUCUUCCCAUCUAAGGAGAUCAAUUUGCAAUGCUCUGAAUAAUAUUGUCUCUCACAGAUCAACCAAAUACUUAGGCUUGCCUUUGGGUAUUGGUAGAUCAAAAGGCAAGUUUUUGAUUAU